AUGACUACCUUUUGUGUGAUGAAACUUCUAUGUCAAGCAACCAGAAAUGAGAAGGGAUAUGCAAAAAGAUUCUUUGGUACUCUCCUGACACAGACAACACAAAAGGGAAUCUUUUCUCCGUUCUGCAUGGUGGUACCUGACCCUGGAAAGACAACUGUGUUUGGACUUGCUCAACCGUUUUGUACAGCUGAAAAAUCUCGCAGAGAACCAAAACGGAAAACAGCGUUUGGAAGCGUUGGGCGAAGAAUUCCCUAUCGGAUUUUGCACAUCAUCAACCAGGAUGGAGAGAGCUUAGGAAAUAUGCACCGAGCAGAUGCACUCAGACUUAUGGAUCAGCACAACCUGAAACUAGUUCUGCUUCGUGAGAAUGUCGAACCUCCUGUGUACAGGCUAAUGACUGGGCAGCAGAUUCACGAAGAGCAGCUUAAGCGUGCAGAGAAGAAAAAAGCAAGUUCAAAAACAGGGCUAGUUCAGAAGGAGUUAUCCUUUUCUUCAGCUAUUGCUAAGAACGACUUGGAGACCAAGACUAAGCAGAUAGCACACUGGAUUGAAAAGAAGUACCACGUUAAAGUUACCAUCCGCCAAGCAGAAGACAGCAAUACAGACAUGUUCAUCCUUUUUGAUCGGAUUUUGGAGACUGUGUCUGACAAAGCCACUUACCUUUCCAAGCCAAAAGCUAUUAAAGAAGGCACAGGUACCUGUAUUUUGAGACAUAUGUCUGACAAAGAGUUGCAAGCAUACCAGAAGGCAGAAAAGCAGAAAAACAGUACAGUAAACCAAGAUGGAAAUGAAGAUCAGAAGUCAAGUGAGUUGCCUCAGUGA